AUGAAGAUUUUUAUAUCAAUAAAUUUUUUAUUUUAUUAUUUCUAUUGUAUCUGUGAACAAGUAAUUCCUCAGACUGGUAAAAUAUGCUUUGCAUUCGAAUAUUGUUGGGUUGGAAAUGGAUUUAGAGCAAUGGUUAUAUAAAAUGGAUAUCGAAACGUUGAUAAUGGAUAAGGGUAUUAAUAAAAUUAAAUUAUAAAAGAACAUAUUUAUUAAGAUAUUCAUCUUCAUCAUUUUUCUAUCAUUCUAAUAAUACUCAAGGAAAGCCAUUUGAAUUCAAAGUUAAUGAUUUAGUAAUUGUUGAAAUGAGCUUAGAACAAAAAUAUAUAAAAUGGAGUAAAAAGAAUUCAUAAGAUUAUCUAGUAAUUAUCAAAAUAUAUUUAGAUCACCAAAAUUGAUACAUCUUAAUUUUAUAUUUUUAUCCAUGUGUGUUUUUGGAAAAUUCAGGAGUGA